AUGCUUAUGCUGACUGACGUUUCCGAGCGGCAGAUGACGCCCGCGUCUGGAAUCCCGUAUGGGGUGUCCCGCGUGCGGGUGCCGGACUUGGUAUCACUAGCAGCAGCAGCAAGACGCAUACAGCGGCAUGUGCAGUGUGCCGUGGGAUACGACUCCUCGUUCCGGGGCAUGGGGAAAAGGGGGGGGACGAGCGCUCCGGUGGAGAGCGGCGAGCGCGAGGGGGGGCGUGGGUUCGGCCUCGCCAUGGGGUCGGUGAUUAAGCGUCAAGAUGGCCCCGGUGACGAGAGCGAAGAUCGAGCGCUGUCCUACGGUGGCCCCCUUGGCGGCGGCCGCCCACGUCGUUCCCUGAACCACGCAAACGCCGCAUCGGAUCCGACGAGACACUACCGGACAUCUGGUGGCCUUGCGUUGCUGAACGGUGGCGGGGCGACCCCAUACGGGACUCAACUGCCUUGUUUUCGACACCUCGGUGGCGUGGUCGCCAAGAAAGUUUGA